CAUUCUUUGACCUCUGUUUUUAUACCGAGGUUCAUCACAGGCUUUAAAGAAUCUGGUGUAUCUCUUCGUAGAAUUGCGAUGAAUACUUUACAAUAUGGAUAAACUCUUUAACAAAACUCUCAAAAAAUGCCUGGUAUGGAUGAUAAAUCUCAGAUGAUGGACUGCAGACCAAAGUAUUCAAAAGUUUCAGAAACACUUCGUUAUGUCACGUCUGGUUCUAUUCAGUGCUCCAUAUUUUGUGGGGGAAAGCAAUGUAAAUACGAAGGACCGGCGAAAUGGACAGAGAAUGAAAUGGCUAUCAAAGGCUUAUACUCUUCUUGGGCAACCGAUAAAAUUUUAGCAAUGGCAAGACCAUCAACGUAUAUCAUCAAAAAAUUCAAUGUUAUAGAACAAUUUCAGAGGUGCGAUAUAUCAACAAUUAUAAACCUGCAACAUCCUGGUGAACAUGCAAAUUGUGGUUAUGGAUUGGAAGAAAGUGGUUUUACAUAUAAUCCGGAAGACUUUAUGAGCAAUGGAAUAUUUUUCUACAACUUCAUUUGGAAGGAUUACGGUGUUCGUUCUCUGGAUUCAGUUCUGGAUAUUGUAAAAGUAAUGGAUUUCGCUCUACAAAAUGGAAAGGUUGCUGUUCAUUGUCAUGCUGGCUUAGGUCGAACAGGUGUUCUCAUUGCUUCAUAUCUCGUGUAUUCGAAACGUUUGUCUGCUGAAGAGGCCAUUCAUGUUGUUCGAAUACAAAGACCAAAAUCAGUGCAAACAAGAGCGCAGAUUGCUUGUGUUCAAGAUUUUGCCAAAUUUUUAAAACCCUGCUGGAUUAUCUUCCCUGAGUGCAUUUCAUCUGAACCAAUCACAUUAAAAAUACACCUCAGUCGUCAAAAAUAUAUUUUACAUGGAUAUGAAGCAAGAGAACUCAAAUUCAUUCCUAAGAUUGUUUAUGUGGUUUGUAAACGUCUUUUGCAAUUAUGUAACUUGGAUAGCAGUGAUCUGGAAAUCACAAAGCAUUCCUGGAAAGAGAAGCAUGUUGAUGAGAUUGACAGUGAAAAGGAUUUAAUAAAUGAUAACAUCAACAAUGAUAAGCCCAUUAGUGCGUGUGAAAUAUCAGCAAGUUCAGAAGAUAUUAAAGGAGAAUUUGAUGCGGAAAAUAUUUCUUGCAUUGACAACUGUUCUAGUGAAGAGAAUGAUUUACCAAAUUCCUUUCCUCCAGUGAAUGAAGAUGAUAAAUUAUUUGGUGUAUCAUUAAAUGAAUCAUAUUCAUCUAUGUUAAAUGUUGAUAUAAACAACUCAAAAUUUAUUGAUGAAACUGUAUCUUAUAAACAGUCCUCAAAUUUAUCUCAAUGUGAUGAAACAUUUGAUAAUAUUGAUGAUAAAGUACAAUGUUUGGACAACGAUGUACCAUCAGAAUCAGAAGAAUUGAAAAAUCACGAAUCUGUUAAUGUGAGAGAGCUGGCAAUGUUCUUUGCUUUGUAUGAUCAAAUAAAUGAUGAAACUUUUUCCCAAGUUGAAAAACUAAAGAUUAUUAUUAAUGAUCGAAGCGAUGGUUUCAAAUUUGUCGAAAAUGAAACUAAUAUUGCUGUUCUCGUGACGUUGUUGUUGUCAUGGCUACAGGGAUUGAAAUAUCCUGUAUUGAGUUGCAGUGAUGUUGAAGCAUUCCUUAAUACCAAGGGAAAAUCAGCAAAAGAUCAACUACUCACUCUCAAAGAAUAUCAACGAGGCACAGUGGAAUGUCUAAUGAUCACUGUCUUCAAGCUUAAUCCAAUUGAAGAUGAUCUUCGUAGAAGAGUUUUUCAGAAGGUUCUGUGUAUCUUGACAGAUUUUGAUUUGAGGUCGUCAUUUUCGGAAGAACUCUUAAACUCGUGUUUACUUCUUUGUGAAAACUGGUUUGUAACAUGUUGGAGGUGAGAUAAUUAACAACACAAUUUAACAUGUUUGUAAAUAUUAAUUUGUAAAUUUUAA